GCAGGACUAAUGAAUUAAAAAUCUUGGACUCUUGACAGUUCACUGCUUUAAUAAUGCCUCUGAUGGAAGGGUUUUUUGCCCCAUGAAGCAUGACAACACUGUAAUCCUUCGUUGUUGGAAAAGGAAGGGAAGGGAAGGAACAGUGAAAUUGUGAAGGAAAACGGAAAAGGGUGGUCCUGAGGGACUGAAAAGCCUAUGGGAAGUGCAGGUAGCAGCAUGUUGUCCUGACAGCUGUUUCAACUUCUCAGACCUUGUCAGUUUGCUGCUAUGUAGCAGGUGCAGCCUUUUCUUCUAUUGAAUCUUUACUCCAUAAAGGCAGCGACAAGCCAAGGCAGUGGCUGGCCCUGGAUUAUACAAGUGCAGACACUACUAAGUGAGAUUCAUUUUCUUUCAUUCUCUGAGAGGAAGACCUUUUGAGAUUCUUUGGUGGUUGCUGUCCAAUCUGGAUAAGGAUGUGGCCCAUGGAGCUCAACUCAGGACAACUCAUUUACACUGAAAUAGUGACAAUAAGCUGGAACACAUACGUAAACGCAUAGGCUCAAGUGCCCACAUGAUCACCACCGCAAGGGUACCUGCUGAUAAACCGAUACGAAUUGCCUUCAGUCUAAAUGACUCCGCAGAUGAUACACCCCCUGAGAAUGCUUUUCCUUUGGCUUUUCCAGAUUUAGAAAAGCAGCUCCAGCCUCUACCUCCUUGCCAUGACUCAAAGGAAUCUAUGCAGGUGUUCAAACAGCACUGCCAAAUAGCAGAAGAAUACUAUGAAGUCAAAAAGGAAAUUGCACUGCUUGAAGAAAGAAAAAGGGAGCUGAUCUCUAGGCUAGAUCAAGCUGAGAAAGAAAACAUGGAUGCUGCUCAGCUAACUAAGGAAUACACAGACCUGUCAGAAGAGAACCGGACACUGAAGCUGGCCCAGACGCAAUGUGUCGAACAGCUGGAGAAGCUUAGAAUACAGUAUCAAAAGAGGCAAGGAUCAUCAUAACUUUGAAUGAACCGGUCUGAGCCAAAAAAAAAUCUGGGCUCCUGUUCUGUGCUAGGCAAGUGUUCCUUCCCCCUCCAAGGUUUCCUCUGAUAUGUUGGAACACUUCAAUUGCAGAAUAUGCAAAUGUCUAAAAUGGAUUUAAUGCUUGCCAGCCACUAGCUUAAUAUGUAUAUUUUUAUUUGUUAUAUAAUAGAUAUUUUAUUUCAAGUAACAUAAUUGAAUGCUUAGCUAUCCCCAUUAUAUGUCCAAAUGGAUCAGUGAAUAUAUUUCUUCCAAUUUUAGGAAGAUACAAGCACACUAGAAACUGAUUUGAAUAGUCUUUAUGUUGGGAAGUGGACCAUACUAAGGCAUAUUAGUAGGAACACUGUUAAAUAUGGGGAACACUGGAGCGCACGCCUGUUCUUUCAUGAACCUAAACAGCUUAUGGGAGAAAAACUAGUUCAUUUAUCUGACAAUAUAUGCCAAAGGGCAAUCAUACACUGAAUAACUUUUAAAAACGAGUAACAUGGCACCUCAAUCACUUUCUUUAAAUAACUAUUGCUGUAAUCCUAUACAAAGUUACCUGGGACUAAGUCCUAUUAUGCUCAUUGGGACUUUCUUCUGAGUAGACUUGCAUAGGAACACAUGGCAAAUUGGCAACAGUGAUUUGUACAACUUUGAUGUGGCAAGGAAAUGGAAAAGGGCACAUUUCCUUGUAUAGUACUGUACCAAUCUUAACAUUUUCCUUGAAAGUGAGCCCCAUUGAUCUUAAUCUUAUUUUAAUGAGCUUGUAGUCUUUCCAAGAGGAGGUCUUAUAGAUAUUUCAGGGACAGGACUUGCUUCUCAAUAUAAGUGUGCUCAGAAUCAGAAUGUUUAUGUAAUCCAAAUUAAUAAUAGUAAUAAUAAUUUUAUUAUUUAUACCCUGCCCAUCUGGCUGGGUUUCCCCAGCCACUCUGGGUGGCUUACAGCAUAUAUAAAAACAUAGUAAAACAUCAAACAUUAAAAACUCCCCGAUUAGGGCUGCCUUCAGAUGUCUUCUAAAAGCUGUGUAGUUCUUUAUCUUCUUGACAUCUGAAGGGAGAGCGUUCCCCAGGGAAAUAAUAACCUUUUCUGUGCAUGACACCUUGGAUUUGUCUAUCCAGACUUUCCAGGUGUGGUUCCAUGCAGUGAGCCAGCGGUUUGAAUGUUGGUGCCAUGCGCAUCAGAAUAGGUCAGUUUUCACACACCAUCUUCUUGGCUGCCUGCAGCAUUUUGAGUCUGAGUGAUAACAGUGUGAGAAACCAGUUUGGGUGACAUUUCGAAGCUGAUUUAGUGCAUAGCAAAGUCUGACUAAGAACUGGGGGCAGAAAGCAUUGUGGGAAUCGGCCUAUAUUGCCACAUAGCUGCAUCUUCAAGCCAAAGUAGAUGACUUCAGAUGAGAUCUGUGAUUGGAUGUAUUGACUUUCCUUCUCAUUUUUUUCGUCUUAAAAGCACUCCUAUGCCUGCCCGUCCCACCAUUUCAAUCAGGAUCAUAGUGCAGAGGGAGGCAAAGGCGUAACCAGAUCUCAUAACUGGAGAUAAAGGAGCUCUUGAGAAAAGUACAGUCUAAAAUGUCUGUCUGUGUGUAUGAGAAAGAGAGAGAGAGAGAGAGACUUCUCCCUUGCCCUAUGUAAAUGACAGCCCUAUGCAUUGUCAGACAAAAAUAUUAUUGAAUUCCAGGCAAUUCUGAGCAUACUUUUAAAUCAGAUCCAUUAAUAGUGGUGAGCCCUAGUUCUGAGUAUCGACUGUUAGGAUCAGGAUAUUAAAAUUAUGUGUCAUCUUUUUGGCAUGCAAGAAAUAGAAAAAUAACAUGAAGAUACCAGAGUGGUAAACAGUUAAGAUUAUAUAGUUGUCAGUUGGAGCACCAGUCUGAAAAGCAUCACUUGGAAGUAAGUUCAGUAAUGGGAUUUCCUUUUGGGUAAUGUGUUUAGGUUUGUGGUGUAAAAGUAGUGUAGUAUCCGUAUCAAUUUUCUAGGAGAAAUAGCUAAGCAUAAAAGAUUAAUAUCAAGUAUUUCCUUCCUCUAUUGGUAACUCUGUUUUCAUGAAUCAGCUAAAAAUUCUUUGUUAUACUUCCAUUUCUAUUCAUACAGUAUUUUUUUUCAUUAAAAUACAAUUUUAAAAGUUA